CUGAGGAUUUUCAGUAAAAUGGUAAUAAAAAGUUUGUAUUCGUUUAUUAAAGAUAAAAAGCUUGGUACUAAAGUCUCCUUACAAACACUGGCAGAAGAAUUUAUACAGAAACAUCAGGAAACUCCUACCAUAUUUAUCGACUGUUCAAAUAUACAUAUAUUAUAUCAUUUCAAUAAUAAAUACUCAAAAUAUGGAUGGAAUUGGAAUAUGAUUGUAAAAAGAUUCAAAAUCUUUGUUAGAAAUUUACGAGAAAUAGGAAUAGAACCCAAGGUCUACUUCAGAGGCAAAUUUGGUGGUUUUGAUGCAAAAAAAUGGAUAAAUUGGGUAGAAACUGAUUACAAUAUCGCCUGUAAAAUUUACGAAUCUAUAGAUUCAAAUGAAAAAUCUGAUAUUAAAACGCUUAAUUAUGAUCUUACAUAUUUUCGCUUCAUUUUAAAAUACGAAUGCAAAUGUCAAGUGUAUAAUAUAAUAGAAAAUAUAUAUCCAAAACUUGCUGACAUUGCUGCAAAGCAAGAUAAUUGUUUAGGAAUAAUUUCUAUGAAUUUGGAGUAUAUACUAUUCGAUACGAAACCAUAUUUCACAUUCUAUAAGAUGGAUUUCGAUAACCUGUCAACAGAUAUGUUAAAUGCAUCUGAAUUAAUCAGGGAAACAAGCUUAAAUCUCUCUCAAUUGAAACUUCUUAGCUGUUUACUAGGAAAUGAACUAAUACCGAAAGAAAAGAUGCUUCCUUUCUAUGAAAUAAUAAAUUAUGUUUCUAUAACUCCAUCAGAACAAGUUCAGAAAGUUAUAGAACUAAUUAGACGUAACAAUUGGUCUGGAUCAUUCGAUGAAUUACCUGAAAUUUCAAGAGUUACUGGUAUCGAAGAAGAAUUUUUGCAUAAAGGAUUGUCUUCUUAUCAGAUUUGUUUUCAAAACAAUACAGAUGAAGACGAUUCUUAUCCAUCAUCACAAAUAUUGAAAACAAUAGAAGAAAAAUGGAAAAGAAGCGAAGUUCCAUCAGGAUUUUAUGACAUUGUAAAAAGGCAUAUCUUUGUAGAUAAAAGCAAUUUAGAAGACAGCAUGGACGGUACAUUUCCACGUACUGCUCUCUUAUACAGACCGAUGAGGCAAAAAAUGUAUCGUGUGAUAUUUGGAAAUGAUAAUGUUGUAGUAAAUGAAUGGUGCAUGUACGAUCAAUCUAAUUAUGAUGAAGCAGAUGAAGUAACCAUUCACGAAGAAAGAUUUGACGGAUUCAUUCCUCCUCUUGAUGAACUCUUAAGUAACAACAUAGAAUUACAGACGACUCGUUGGAAACUGUUUCUUUAUUGUUUAGAUAUACAAAUUUCUAUGGAAACGCUUCAGAAACUCAAUCCUUCUCAUGUCAGUUUGUGUUGUAUUUUAAACUAUAUGCUGAAAAAUGGAGUAAAGUUGAAGAAACGAGAACUGAUGGCAUUUAUCUGUCAAGCUCUUCAUCCGUUAAAUGAAAACAAAAGAUUAUUAAAUUGGAUGAAUGUAGAAUUUUCCUCUACGACACUUCGAUUGUGCAAUUUACUGGAACGUGGAAUAUACAAUUUGAUGUAUAUAGUAACUGCGUGCGGAUUUCCAUUUCGUUUAAAUGGUGUCAUGCCCUGGAAAAUUUUCAACAGGAAAAUAUUUCUUCACGUUUAUGAAGAGUUACACAAAGAAAAUGGCAUAGAAACCGUCUCAAAAGGACUGGAAAGAAAUGCGAAAUUAUUUCGUAGUCUUGUUGAUAUAGUCAUAGCAGACAUGAACACAUAAUUUAAUUACUGUUGUAAAUGUAUUUGAAAAUAAAAUGCAGCA